UACAAUUACGGAUGGUUAGUGUGUGUGGAUCGUGUGGAUAAUAUUUUCUCGUGUUACGUACGUAACUUGUUUCUGUUAUUCCUAGGCCAUUUCCAUUGUGCUGGUUCCUCAGCGAUGGACGAUAUAUAACACGUUACAAUAUGAAACAGUAGAGGGAUUGUUAAAGUUGUUAUCGUAAAUGAAAUUGGUCUUCGCUUUGUUUAGAACAUUUACUGUGUGACGUUUGGUAAAAAGUGUUUGUAAAGAACAUUUACUGUUUGACGUUUUAGUAAAAGGUGUUUUAAAAAUGGCUGUACCCCCAGCAGCAUUGGUAAACAGGAAUAAGAAACAUUUUAUGGGAGUUCCAGCUCCUUUAGGUUAUGUUGCUGGCGUUGGACGAGGUGCAACUGGCUUCACAACUCGAUCUGAUAUUGGUCCUGCCAGAGAUGCAAACGACGUGUCCGAUGAUAGACAUGCACCACCAAGCAAACGCAAGAAAGGCCAUCAGAAGGAGGAGGAGGAAGAUGAUGAUGAAGAUCUAAACGAUUCCAACUACGAUGAGUUUUCAGGUUAUGGGGGAUCUUUGUUUAGUAAGGAUCCAUACGACAAGGAUGAUGAGGAAGCGGAUGCCAUCUACGAAGCCAUCGAUAAACGAAUGGAUGAAAAAAGGAAAGAAUACCGAGAAAAGAGACUGAAAGAGGAGUUGGAAAGAUAUCGACAGGAACGCCCCAAAAUCCAACAACAGUUUAGUGACUUGAAGCGAGGUUUGGUGUCGGUUACAGAAGAUGAAUGGCGUAACGUUCCCGAGGUGGGUGAUGCAAGGAAUCGUAAGCUGAGAAAUCCUCGUUCUGAAAAAUUCACCCCCCUGCCAGACUCGGUCCUGGCUCGUAAUCUAGGUGGAGAGACUGCUACUGCCAUCGACCCUGCUAGUGGACUUGCUAGUGCUUUUCCAUCUGGGACAGCUACAGGUAUGCUUACCCCUACUGGAGACCUGGACUUGUGUAAGAUUGGACAGGCACGUAACACAUUGAUGAACGUUAAGCUGAGUCAAGUGUCUGACUCUGUUGAAGGCCAGACAGUUGUGGAUCCAAAAGGUUACUUGACAGAUCUCCAGAGUAUGAUUCCUACAUAUGGUGGGGACAUAAAUGAUAUUAAAAAGGCCCGUUUACUUCUUAAGUCUGUACGUGAAACAAAUCCAAAUCAUCCACCUGCUUGGAUUGCCUCUGCCAGGCUGGAGGAGGUUACUGGGAAGGUACAGGCCGCUAGGAACCUUAUUAUGAAGGGCUGUGAGGUAAAUCCUAAGUCUGAGGACCUUUGGUUGGAGGCAGCUAGGUUGCAGCCACAUGACACUGCACGAGCAGUAAUUGCCCAAGCUGUACGGCACAUUCCGACAUCUGUCCGCAUCUGGAUUAAAGCUGCAGAUUUGGAGCAGGAGAUGAAGGCAAAGCGUCGGGUGUAUCGCAAGGCGCUAGAGCAUAUCCCCAACUCAGUUAGACUGUGGAAGGCAGCUGUGGAGCUUGAAGAUCCAGAAGAUGCCAGGAUUCUUCUCAGCAGAGCAGUAGAGUGUUGUCCCACUAGUGUGGACCUGUGGCUAGCCCUAGCCAGGCUUGAGACAUAUGAAAAUGCUCGUAAGGUUUUGAAUAAAGCCCGUGAGAACAUCCCAACAGAUCGUCAGAUUUGGACCACAGCAGCAAAGCUGGAGGAGGCAAAUGGUAACAAUCACAUGGUGGACAAGAUUAUUGAAAGGGCCAUAACAUCUCUGACUUCUAAUGGUGUGGAGAUUAAUCGCGAUCAUUGGUUCAAGGAAGCAGUUGAGGCUGAGAAGUCUGGUUCUGUGCACUGCUGCCAGGUGCUGGUCCGGGCCAUCAUUGGUCAAGGCGUGGAGGAGGAGGAUAGAAAGCAUACUUGGAUGGAGGAUGCUGAGGCAUGUGCGGCGCAGGGAGCGUAUGAAUGCGCACGGGCUGUAUAUGCCCAUGCACUGGCCACAUUCCCCAGUAAAAAAUCUAUUUGGUUGAGAGCAGCCUACUUUGAGAAGAAUCAUGGCACACGAGAAUCAUUGGAGGCACUGCUGCAGCGUGCUGUGGCCCACUGUCCCAAAUCUGAAGUGCUGUGGCUGAUGGGAGCCAAAUCCAAGUGGAUGGCAGGGGAUGUGCCAGCUGCUCGUGGCAUCCUCUCACUUGCAUUCCAGGCCAACCCUAAUUCAGAAGAAAUCUGGCUCGCUGCUGUCAAGUUGGAGUCUGAAAAUUCAGAGUAUGAACGAGCACGUCGUCUGCUAGCUAAGGCCCGCGCUUCUGCCCCAACACCAAGAGUAAUGAUGAAAUCUGCAAAACUGGAAUGGGCCCUAGACAAUCUGGAUCAGUCCCUCAUGUUACUGGAGGAAGCCAUAAAGGUGUUCCCUGAAUUUGCCAAGCUGUGGCUUAUGAAGGGGCAGAUAGAGGAGCAGCAAGGGAAGGUGGACAAGGCAUGGGAGACUUACAAUGCUGGCAUCAAGAAGUGCCCCACCUCAGUACCUCUCUGGAAGCUCUUGGCAUCCCUGGAGGAGCGGAGGGGUAUGCUGACGAAGGCACGGUCUGUUCUUGAGAAAGGGCGACUACGAAAUCCAAAAUGUGCACAGCUGUGGCUGGAAGCUAUUAGGUUUGAGUUUCGUGCUGGACUGCGAGACAUAGCAAACACUCUGAUGGCAAAGGCUCUUCAGGAAUGUCCCAAUGCCGGUAUCCUGUGGGCAGAAGCAAUAUUCCUUGAGUUACGACCGCAGCGCAAGACGAAGAGUGUGGAUGCUCUGAAAAAGUGUGAGCAUGACCCACACAUCCUUUUGGCUGUUUCAAAGUUAUUUUGGUGUGAGAGAAAAAUACAGAAAUGCAGGGAGUGGUUCAACAGAACAGUGAAAAUUGAGCCGGAUUUGGGAGAUGCAUGGGCCUAUUUUUACAAGUUUGAGCUGCUCAAUGGUUCUGAAGAGCAGCAGGAGGAGGUAAAGAAACGGUGUGUUGCUGCUGAGCCCCACCAUGGUGAACAUUGGUGUAAGGUGUCAAAGGACAUACGCAACUGGCGUCUCAAUUCAGACGAUAUCCUUGUGAUGGUGGCCAAAGACCUCCCAAUUCCAGUAUAAAGUGAGGCAUUUACAGCACGUCUGUGACAUCAUCGCAUGUCACGUUUGUUCUGGGUCCAUGCCUGUUGAUCUCUGGGACUACCACAAAG